GGAGGGGAAGUGACAGCUGAACAGGUGAGCGUGCGAGCGACUGAUAAAAUAAUUAUUAUACUCCCGAGGAAUAACAAUGCAUCAAAGUGCAAUAUGGGUGUUGAAUUGUGAAUAAGCAGAGGAUUAUUUAUGUGGACAAGGACAAGAGGUUUUUAGCAGAUUGCACAGAGAGGAAAUCCGCAGGAUUUGUGGAGCUACAGACUCGUGAACUCCCUGGUAAAUCUGAUAGCGAUUUCGUCAGCCGAGAGCCCGUCAAUUCGUCCGCGCGGCGUCAAUUCCAGCUCAGAUGCGUCAACAUCCACCACACUGGCCACAAUGACAAACGGCUUCUCCGGCGAGAAGGAGAAGAAGGUUGCCGAGGCGGCCGCCAUCAUCCGGCGCACGAACGUCGUGUGCUUCGACGUGGACAGCACGGUGAUCCGCGAGGAGGGAAUCGACGAGCUGGCGGCGUUCUGCGGCAAGCGUGCCGAAGUGUCGCGCCUCACGCGUGAAGCCAUGCAGGGAUCGAUGACGUUCCAGGAGGCGCUCAGGAAGCGCCUUGAGAUCAUCAAUCCCAGCCAAGAAGAGAUCUGGGAGUUCCUCAAGACACAUCCCAGCACGCUCUCCAGCGGCCUCAGGGAGUUCGUGAAGCAGCUGAAGGAGAGGAACGUCGAGGUGUUCCUCGUGUCCGGCGGCUUUGACUGCCUGAUUGAACCCGUGGCUGAGCAGCUGGGCAUCCCACCGGAGAAUAUCUACGCCAAUAAGCUGUUCUUCACGUUCAAGGGAGAUUAUGCUGGAUUUGACACCACGCAGCCUACGUCGAGAUCCGGCGGCAAGGCUGAGGCAAUCAAUAAGAUCAAGGCGAGAACUGGACAGAACGAAAUCAUCACGAUGAUCGGAGAUGGAGCAACUGAUCUCGAGGCUUCUCCACCCGCCAAUUACUUCAUUGGCUACGGCGGCAAUGUGGUGCGAGAAGAGGUGCGCAGCAGAUCGACCUACUACGUCACGAGUUUCUCACAAUUAAUGCAGCACUUGUGAUUGUGACCAUCGCCAUAAUUCAUCUUUAUUUAUCCCUUAGACGGUAAAUGGAAUACACAAGAAUAAUAAUUUUAGAGCAACGACAAGAAUACUAGCGUGUAAAUAAAUUCACUUCUGCUGCAAGCUAAUGUGUUUUUCUUUCAUAAACUUAACGACAAUGUUCUUAGGGCCUAAAGUUGAAGUUCAAUCGUC